UAAUCGUUUCUCAUUUACUGCAAUGCUGCCAACCACAAGCGAACACCCUAAAUUCCGCGCCAAAGUUUCAUUUUUAGGUUACUUAUUCCUUACAAACGUCUCCUUUUAAUUUUUUGUCUACAAAAAUGUCUUACAAAAACUCAUUUUUCCAAUGGAAAAGUUCCCCCACGAAACAAUACGAUUUUGAAUCUUUAAAUUUAGAUCCAAAAACCUGCAUUUCGUACACCUCUUUUAUAUUAAAUAACGAAAGUUAUAAAUUAGGUGAUUACGUGUACGUAAAAGCUUCUAACGAAACCGUCAUAGGAAGGUUGUUGUGUGCUUACGAGACUCGAGAAGUUAAAAAUUGUUUUUAUGGAGUUUUAAGAAUUUACCGAUUUGGUGAUGAUUUGUGUAUAAAAAGCGAUAAAAAGUUUAUUGAAAACGAGGUGAUUGAGGAUGAUGUUAAAAAAGAUGUGAUGUUGCUUGAAAUUAAAGGAAAAUGCAAUGUUAUUCUUGCAACAGAGGAUGAUUUUUUUGAUGAUAUAAUUCCGGGAACUUAUAUUCUUCGUUAUAAGUUAUUAAAUCACAAACUUAUUUCAAUAUUUUCAUCGGAAGCUAUUAAACACACAAAUGUAUUGAAUCAAUUUAAUAAAGUACUCACUCCAAAUUGUUCCGUUACUUCAAAAUAUAAAGAAAUUCCAUAUGUUUGUGAUAGAAUGAAGCGUGUACGAAUAUCUGAAGCGUUUUUAACGCCCAAAAAGUUAAAUGUUUGCAGGAAUUUAAAUGAGUCUUUUGAUGGAGCGAGUUCGCAAGAAGGAACACCCACAUUAAAUUAUUCUUUGGUGGAGGAUAAUUUUGAUACUAACCUUAAAAUUAAAUUACGUUUAUCGAAAAAUCAACCGAUUGUUGCUCUAGAUAAACUUAAUGAUAGUGAAAUUAAUAAAUAUAUAACUAAAACUAAUGAAGUUGAAACUUCAGUUAGAAGAUCUACAAGAUCAAAACAAAGAGUUUCUUAUGUUGAAAUGAUUAAUACACCACCAAGAAGGGGUAGAAAAAAAAGCACUGACGAUGUCAUUUCAAUAACAGACGAAGAAAUUAAUUUAACACCUUCUAAACGAAAAGUAAAUUAUGAAGAAAAAGAUGUAUCACCUAAAAAAAUAUCAAGAUUGUCAAGAACAACACGAAGUUCCAUUCAAGACACCCAAGACAUUGUUUAUACAACAAAAUCAAACUAUCAAAAUCCAUUAAAAAUCACAUUAAGUGCAAGAAAAACUAGAAAUUCAACCAAAGAAAAUCCAAUAAUUGAUGAAAAACAUGAAGAAGUAACUCCGAGUAAACGAAAAACAGCAACACCUGUUAAAUAUAACGAUUACAUUUCUUCGCCACUUUUAAAAAAAUCGAUUUUAAAACAAUCAUUAACGAAUAGCGUUGCAACUCCGAAAAAAAGUGUUUAUUAUGAUGAUGAAUCUGAUUCUUCGAUAGAUUCCUUAGAUGAAGCACCAAAGAAAAAGAAACAAAAUAUCGCAUCUUUAAAAACUCCUAAUAAAACGCCCAAUAAAAAUAUGGCAACAACUCCAAAGAGUGUACAAAAAACUCCUGGUAGUCGCGCGAAAUUAAUACGAGACGGAAUGAUUACACCUUCAGUUCAAAGUAGAGCGACGCCGAUUAAAAUUGAUAAAACUCCUUUAAACAUGGCUAAAACUAAAUUGCAUGUUUCUUAUGUUCCUGAAGUUUUAGUUGGUAGAGAAAAGGAGUUUAAUGAUGUUUAUAAUUUUGUUGAAGGGAAAUUAUUAGAUGGAUGUGGAGGAUGUAUGUAUAUUUCGGGAGUGCCUGGAACUGGAAAAACGGCGACUGUUACAGAAGUGAUAAAAAAACUUCAUUCACAGGUUCAAUUACGUUGUGUACCUGGAUUUGAAUUUGUUAGCAUUAAUGGGAUGAAAUUAAGUGAACCUAGACAAUCUUAUGUUGAGAUUUUAAGACAAUUAACUGGAAAAUCAGUUCGUUGGGAACAAGCCCAAUCAAUAUUAGACACAAAAUUUACAAAAAAUGGCAACAAAAACAAACCAAUCGUUUUAUUAGUCGAUGAAUUAGAUAUUUUAUGUACAAAACGUCAAGAUGUUGUUUAUAAUUUAUUAGAUUGGCCAACAAAAUCUAAAGCUCAAUUGAUAGUGAUUACAAUAGCUAAUACAAUGGAUUUACCAGAACGAUUAUUGAUGGGAAGGGUUACUAGUCGAUUAGGUUUAACUCGAUUAACAUUUCAAGCAUACACUCACAAACAACUUCAAGAAAUCGUUACAAGAAGAUUACUCGGGACCAAUACCUUUAAUCCAGAUGCAAUACAAUUAGUUGCGCGUAAAGUUGCUUCUAUUUCCGGUGACGCAAGAAGAGCAUUAGAUAUCUGUCGACGUUCAGCGGAAUUUGCCGAAUUAGAAGGAAAUAAUACUUUAGUUUCAAUGAUUCAUGUGGACAAAGCCUUAAAUGCGAUGAUAACACAACCGAAAGUACAAGCUAUAAAAUGUUGUUCAAGAAUUCAACAAUUAAUUUUACAAGCGGUUGUUGCAGAAGUGGAACGAACGGGUGUUGAAGAAACAACAUUUUGCGAUAUAUAUACAAUGCUAAUUUCGAUUGCAGCUUUAGAUGGUUUUCAAAUGGUGGCACAAACUGUUGUUUUGAGAUCAAUUUCUCGGCUAGGUGCUUGUCGAUUGUUGUUAACUGAUCAAAAGUCAAACGAUUAUGAUCAAAAAAUUAUUUUAAAUGUUAGUUCAGACGAUGUUUAUUAUGCAUUAAGAAAAGAUUAAUUAAAAAUGUUAAGAUAGAUUUAACACAAUAAUAUGACCUAAGCUUUUAUUUA